GGUCCGCACACGUGGGGAGGAAGAUGGUGGUUCAUCGCUCCGGCCCGCUCAAGCAGCAGAAUAAGGCUCACAAGGGCGGGCGCCACCGGGGUCGGGGUUCGGCGCAGCGGGACGGCAAAGGUCGCGUGGCCGUCAAAGUCCUGAGCAAGAAGGCGAAGAAGGAACUGAGCCGAGUAGACCAGAGGCACCGGGCCAGCCAGCUCCGGAAGCAGAAGAAGGAGGCGGUUUUGGCAGAAAAGCGGCAACUGGGCAGCAAGGAUGGACCACCUCAUCAGGUGCUGCUCGUGCCCCUGCACGGGAGGGUUUCCCUGGGUGAGGCUUUGCAGCUGCUCCAGGACACAGACAAGAAGGUUGUGCCUGUGGGGGAGCAGGCCGGGAUGCCGAGCUUCAUGCUGCUUUGUCCUCAGCUGAAGCGUAGAUGGUUCUUUACAUCUGCGAAGCCAGGGGAUCUGCACACUGUGUUGGACCUUGCCAAAGUGGCUGAUACCAUCCUGUUUAUCCUGGAUCCGGUGGAGGGCUGGGACAGCACAGGCGAUUACUGCCUCUCUUGCCUCUUUGCCCAAGGGCUUCCUACCUAUUCUCUAGCUAUCCAGGGAAUUGGGGGCCUUCUCCUAAAGAAACAAGCAGAUUCUAAGAAGAAGCUGAGCAAGGCCUUAGAGAAGCGAUUUCCAGGACACAGGCUGCUCCAUUUGGAUACCCAGCAGGACGCCUUGCUGCUCCUUCGACAGUUGGCUAACCAGAAGCAGCGGCAUCUGGCCUUCCGAGACCGGCGUUCCUACUUGUUUGCCCACAUGGCUGACUUUGUGCCCAGCCAAGAGAGCAGCUUGGUGGGCACCUUAAAAGUGUCAGGCUACGUUCGUGGGCAGACUCUCAAUGUAAACCGUCUCUUGCAUAUCAUUGGGCAUGGCGAUUUCCAGGUCAAGCAGAUUGAUGCCCCUGCAGACCCUUUUCCUCUAAAUCCCAGAGUGAUUAAGGCCAGCAAAGGCUCGGACAUGGCGAUGCAGAUCGAUGCCGAUGGUGUAGUGGAGAUGGAGGAAGAUCUCAAGGUCCUAGUGAAAGCAGACCCUGCUCGACAGGAAUCUCUCCAGUCAGAGGUCAUUCCAGACCCCAUGGAGGGAGAACAAACCUGGCCCACCGAGGAGGAGCUGAACGAGGCAAAGGACUUCUUAAAGGAGAGAACCAAAGUGGUGAAGAAAGUCCCCAAAGGAACAUCUAGUUACCAGGCUGAAUGGAUUUUGGAUGAGGAAGAGGGCAGCAGUGAGGAGGAGGAGGAGGAUGCAGAGGCUGAGGAUUUCAUGGAGGAGGAAGAUUCUGAGGCCGAGGGGAGUGAAGAAGAAUGUGAGACCAUGACCUUAGGGGAAUCCGUUCGGGAUGAUCAGUAUGAUGAAAAGAUUGAUGAAGAGGCUGAGGAACAAAUGCUGGAGAAAUAUAAACAGGAAAGGCUGGAGGAGAUGUUUCCAGAUGAAGUAGACACCCCCCGGGACAUAGCAGCAAGAAUCCGAUUUCAGAAAUACAGAGGCCUCAAGAGCUUCCGCACGUCCCCGUGGGAUCCCAAGGAAAAUCUGCCUCAGGAUUAUGCUCGGAUCUUUCAAUUUCAGGACUUUUCCAGAACUAGGAAACGGAUCUUUAAGGAGAUUGAGGAAGGGGUCUCUGAGGGGGCUGAGGUUGGCUGGUACGUCACCCUGCACAUCUGUGGAGUUCCUGCCUCGGUGGGUGAGAGCCUCAGCCAGGGAGCACCUCUGAUUGUGUUUUCCCUGCUACCACAUGAACAGAAGAUGUCGGUGCUCAAUAUGGUGGUGAGGAGACACCCUGGUAACCUGGAACCUGUGAAAUCCAAAGAGGAGAUGAUCUUCCAUUGUGGCUUCCGGCGCUUCCGGGCCUCACCGCUGUACUCCCAGCACACUGCAGCGGAUAAGCACAAGGCUGAGCGGUUCCUUCGUUCUGAUGUGGCCUUGGUGGUGACAGUUUAUGCCCCAAUCACCUUCCCUCCGGCCUCAGUGCUGCUCUUCAAACAGAAGCCGGAUGGCAAGCACAGCCUCAUUGCCACAGGGUCUCUUCUGUCUGUGGAUCCAGACAGGAUGGUCAUCAAGAGACUUGUGCUGAGUGGGCAUCCUUUCAAGAUCUUAACCAAAAUGGCAGUAGUCCGUUACAUGUUCUUUAACAGAGAGGACGUUCUAUGGUUUAAACCAGUGGAAUUGAGAACUAAAUGGGGUCGCAGAGGACACAUCAAGGAGCCACUUGGUACUCAUGGCCACAUGAAGUGCACAUUUGACGGACAGCUGAAAUCUCAGGACACCGUGUUGAUGAAUCUGUACAAACGUGUCUUCCCCAAAUGGACUUAUGAUCCCUAUGUGCCAGAGCCCCUGCCCUGGUCAAAAGAUGAAACCUCCCCAGAGCUAGAAGUGGACAUGGAAUAAGGGCCUUCAUGAGCUCUUUGGGGGCAGAUUCUCUUCCCCUUUGCUAAGUGUGGUCCUAGUGCCUGAGUUGAGCUCCCUCCUCCUUGGGGCUCCUGUAGGAAAGGGAUGGGCAGGGUGAAAGCAUGGGCGUCUGUUAUUUCAGAGGGUGCUGAGCCUCCUCACACUCUGGUUGCUUCAGCCAUCUCAGGGAGGUCAAGUCCACGUUCCCCCCACUGAGAACCACACAGACGUCUUGGGUGGCUGGCACCUCUUUCUGGAAUGGCUCACUCAGCACUGCAGCAACUCCCACUGCAGCUGAAGGCUCGAUGAGAAGCUUCAUCCUCUCCCACACCAGCUGGGUGGCGUGCUGUGGGCCAAAAGAGAGAUCCUGUGUUGAGCAGGGGCCUAACAAGAGGGCACAGGUGCUGCCUGGCCCUGCCCAGAGGCAUUUCUUCACUGCUUUGUGUCUGUCACUUCUGCCCUACAGCUUGGUGAUGGCAUCAUGUCCCUACUCCCCUGGAACCUCCCUGCUGUGUCCAUGCUUCAUGCACUGGGCACCAGACAGCUCUGCCUGUGGUAGGGUGGGCCCCAGUGCUCCCCCAGGUCCUUGGCAUCUCCCCCACCCCCUCUGGUUUCUGAGGUUUCUCACCUUAAUUUCAUCCUCUGUGACGGUGAAGACUUUGUCCACCAGGUCCCUUAUAAUAGGCCAAGUGUUGGGACCAAUGCUUGAUUUAAGCCCAUCUGCUAUGGUGACUGGCGGAGAAGGGUUAGGGGUCAGUUCCCCUUUAAGCUUGGACUGGAAGCAGUCGUCUGCCUUACAUGGCUCGGCAGCGUACACUUUUACCUCUGAUCUCAGAGCCUGUCAGGAGAGCACUGAACGUCUGACACUGGAUGUGGCCCCAGGACAAGCCCAGCCACAGUCACGAUGCCAAGGGCCCUCCGAAGGGUGGACGUGACAAUAAAGCACCCUGCACCGUCCACUUGGCAUCUGCUCUGUGUCCUCUAAAGCCCGCCUCUGGGUGGGGUGUGAAAGUGAGCCCCCAGUGACUGAUGGGUCAGGUAGAGCCUAGCUCAGGGAUGGGUGGGUGGGUGGGUGUGUGCUCGAGCUGGGGCUUACUGCCUUUCUGAGGUGCGAUCAGCACUUGGUCUCGAGGAAAUUGGAUGGGGCGGGAAGGGGCUGAAGCUCCACAGGGCCUCCUCUUGUCAGCUGACCUACUUGGUACCUGGUAGGAGUUUACGUAAGGCCUUCUAGGGUUGAAAAUGUUCUUUUCUUAGUCACCUUUAAUAAAACUUUCAACUAAAAGUAGUUUGUUCAAAUGG